AGGAGGCGGCGUUUCUUCAUUUCCCGCCAGGCAACGGGCACCGCUGGGUUACGCGCGGAGCGUGAUCCCCGUGCGUUCUGGGAAUCGAGCCUUUAACCUGUCUGGAGUCACAGCAAGCGGAGCCGCGGACCGGAACGGACCGGAUUCUCACCAUGUCAAAAACGUCCCCGCGCUUUUAGUCGUUGACGGAAAACCUCCACCCUCGCCCCCACCGCCCCCAACCCCGAAGUGGUCAAUCCCAACGAGGCGAUGGGCCGGCGUGCGGGUGAGCCAACGUGAGAACACGGGGCUUCGCGCACGGGAACCGUGUCCACCGACCGUACCCGCAUUUUAACGCGCCUUGAGCACGCGCCACAGACGUGUCCGCGGACAGCAUGACGGAUCCACGCGGAGCCCGUUUGCCCAAAGAGAACGGACACGUCGCGCCGAGUCCCAACUUUCCCCGCGCCUCACCGGGGGACACCGCCGACGACGCCCCGGUGUCCUCCGCCGCCGCGCUGACCCGCACCUGGUUGGACGUGGCCAAGACGUUUGUUCUCAUCUUCCCCAUUUACGCGUUGGGCUACUUCGAGUUCAGCUUCAGCUGGCUGUUGAUCGGACUUGUGAUCUUCUUCUGGUGGCGGAGGAACGCGGCGGGGAAGCACGGCCGACUCGGCCGAGCUUUCGCUUUCUUGGAGCAAGAGGAGAGAGGCGUCGAGCAGAGCCUCGCGACCUCUGACCUGCCACCGUGGGUCCACUUCCCAGAUAUCGAGCGAGUGGAGUGGCUGAACAAGACGGUGAAACAGAUGUGGCCGUACAUCUGCCAGUUUGCGGAGAAGCUGUUCCACGACACCAUCGAGCCGGCGGUGAAGCAGUCCAACGCCCACCUCAGCACCUUCUGCUUCAGCAAGAUCGACAUGGGCGACAAACCCCUGAGGGUCAACGGGGUCAAGGUUUACACAGAAAAUGUGGAUAAGCGACAGAUCAUCAUGGACCUACAGAUCAGCUUUGUAGGCAACACCGAGAUCGACAUAGACAUCAAACGCUACUACUGCAAAGCCGGCAUCAAGAGCAUCCAGAUCCACGGCGUGCUGAGGGUGGUGAUGGAGCCGUUGCUGGGCGACAUGCCUCUUAUCGGAGCUCUGUCUGUGUUCUUCCUCAAGAAGCCGCUUCUGGACAUAAACUGGACUGGCCUCACAAAUAUACUCGACAUUCCUGGGCUCAACGGCCUCUCCGACAAUCUGAUUCAAGACAUUAUCUACAACUAUCUGGUUUUACCCAAUCGCAUCACCAUCCCACUGGUCGGGGAUGUGGAACUGGCCCUGCUGCGCUUCCCCAUGCCCAAGGGAGUCCUGAGGAUCCACUUCUUGGAGGCCCAGGAUCUGGAAGGGAAGGACACGUUUCUGGGCGGGCUGAUCAAGGGCAAGUCCGACCCGUACGGCGUCCUGCAGAUCGGCAACCAGGUCUUCCACAGCAAGGUGGUGAAGGAGAGCCUCAAUCCCAAGUGGAACGAGGUUUAUGAGGCUCUGGUGUACGAGCACUCGGGUCAGCACCUUGAGAUCGAGCUCUUUGACGAAGAUCCCGACAAAGAUGAUUUCCUGGGAAGCCUGAUGAUCGACAUGAGUGAGCUGUACAAAGAGCAGAAGGUUGAUGAGUGGUUCGACCUGGAGGAAACCCCCACCGGAAAACUCCACUUAAAACUGGAGUGGCUCUCUCUGCUCUCCACCCCUGAGAAGUUGAACCAGGUGCUGCAGAGCGUGCGAGCAGACAGUCUGGCCAACGACGGGCUGUCGUCAGCGCUGCUCGUGGUCCAUCUGGACUCGGCAAAGAACCUGCCAAGCGUCUUCACAGGCAGCUUAGGCUGCGGGAACUUAGGUCAGAGGAGAGCAUCGGGUCUAGUGUUUUGUGAGAGCAAUACUUCAGAGUAUAGAACUCUCUUUUGUGCAAAGAAGAGCAGCAGCGAGCCCUGUCCGUACGUCCAACUGACCGUUGGACACAAAUCAGUGGAGAGCAAAAUCCGCUACAAGACCAAGGAGCCUCUGUGGGAAGACUGUUUCUCCUUCUUCAUCCACAACCCCCGGCGGCAGGAGCUGGAGCUGGAGGUGAAAGACGACAAGCACAAAUGCACCCUGGGUAGUUUGGCGGUGUCCCUGCGCGGGCUGCUGGACGAGGAGGGCAUGACGCUGACUCGGUGCUUUCCUCUGAAGAACUCCGGGCCGAGCUCCACCAUCAAACUGAAGAUGGCCCUGAGGAUCCUCUCCAUGGAGAAGCAGGUGUCCUCAGACCAGCCCUCCUCCGUCACGGUCAGGAAGUCCAGCGUGCCCCUGCAGGCCCCCGCGGCUCCCGCCAAGCGGGGUUCGGCCUCGGUGGGUUCCCCGCAGCCUCCGCCCACGCCUCCUCCGCCCACGCCUCCCCCGCCGCCGGUGGCCGCCUCCACCCUCACCCUCCAACGCGGGGACGGCGAGCCGUACUCGGCCGGCCCUCGCCGCAGUGUCUCCGACCUGGGCGCCUGCAUGUCCGGCUCCCAGAAGCACCUGCCCCACAAGGAGUCCACGCCCAGCCUGGCCUCGGACAUCUCGCUGCCCUUCGCCACCAUGGAGCUCCACCAGCGGCUUCGGCAGCUGCAGAACGGCUCGGCGCCCGGCCAGUUCCCGCUGGGCGAGGUCCAGCUGACCAUCCGCCACAGCUCCCAGAGGAACCGACUGAUUGUGGUGGCGCACGCCUGCCGUAACCUGAUAGCCUUCACCAAAGACGGCUCGGAUCCCUUCAUCCGCCUCUAUUUGCUGCCCGACAAGAGACGGACUGGGAGGAGGAAGACCAGCACGAUGAAGAGGACCCUCAACCCAGUUUAUGAUCAAACGUUUGAGUUUAGCGUGUCGAUGGUGGAGCUCCACAGGAGAACUCUGGACGUAGCCGUGAAGAACGGAGGGAACAUCCUGUCCAAACACAAGGGGCUUCUGGGAAAGGUGCUGGUGGAUUUAAGUGGGGACGAUAUAUCACGAGGAUACACACAAUGGUACGAGCUGAGUGAAGGCGGCCCGUCGUCUCAGAGCAUCAGAAGUAUUCCAGACUCCCUCCUCACGCAGUGAAGCCCCGUCGCUGCUGUAACAUAGUUUUCUUUUUAAUAUAAGGACACAUCAUUUUGAUGUAUUCGUGUACAUUUUUCAUCCGUUUUACGGGACUGAUUUCAGCAUGCCAGACAUUUUUCACACAUUUCCUGUCUUCCUGUCUGGUUUUUUUUUUUAUGUAACAUAUUGUUACAGAGCAUCGUUUGUUGCAACACACUAAUUGCUUCGUCUUUGUUUUAAGUGUUUUAUGUAAAAAAUAAAGUCGCUAAUAUUUAUAAAUUUGCAGGGGGUUUUGUGGCCACACAUCUCCUUUGUGGAGGGGAAACUUACGGCUGUCAUUGUUUUUCCCGUCCGUUCCUUUUGUUCAGAUGUGCCAAAUUCAGUUUUGUCAUUUGAGAAAACUUACCAAAGGAACAGCUGCAUUCGUUUAAGUAGGCUCAAGUAGCAGUCUCCACUUUGAUAUACCUUUUGUCAUGUAGUGUUAUUUGAUUUUUUACCUGUUAUUGUUAUUUAUGCUCGAGUACAAACAUGGAAUGCACAUAUGCAAAAAUACAAAUGAUAACUGUAAUUUUUAAGAUGAUUUUGUGGAAUAUUUGGACGGUAGUGAGGACCUGGGGGCAUUUUAGGGCUAUGAACAAGUGCUGUAUACUAGGAAGGAUACUUGAACACGGGUUUGACUGAUGUUCAAACCACUUGUGAGUCGAACAAAAUGAAUAAUAUGAGUGAGACAACAGUUAUUGCAUUUUAUGAGGAGGGCUGCCAGAUGUUAAUGUGAUGACACAGCUGCAAUGUGGCGCGUACAUUUUUUGUCAUGCGGUCAUAACCGUGGAAGAUUUUAAAUACUUUUCUUGCUAUCUAUCCUGUGCCUUAAAAAGAAAUCGCUAUGUAAUUUUUGCCUUCUUAAUGGUAUUAUUUUGAAAGAUAUGAUUGGUUCAUUUGUUCUUGAGGAAUAAAUGUUUUCUCUUGUGAAAA